UUGCAAGUGAAAAUUACGUGUUUAACACAUGGUUGGUAAAUAUAGAAAGUAAAAAAAAAAUUCUCAAUUUCAAAACAAUUUUCAGGUGUUUGUGUGUUUAAACACAAUGAAUUUAACAAACAAUCAAAAAUUUUCAAUCAAUCAUGAUCCUAUCAAGGGACGAUGUUUAAUAGCAAACGAAACAAUUUAUACUGGUGAAAUUAUAUUCGAAGAAUUACCAUUAGUUUGUUCACAAUUUUUAUGGAAUGCUGAAUGUAAAUAUGAUGCUUGUCAAUUUUGUUUAACACCAUUAGAAACGGCCGAAGAAAAUGUUACUCGAUUGACAAAAGAACAAAUACAAUUACCAUACGUUGAACAAUGUUGUCAAACAAACAAAUCCAAACAUAUCAAUUGUUCGGGUUGUGGACAAAAUGAACGAUAUUGUUCGAUUGAAUGUUGUCAACUUGCUUAUGAACAUUAUCAUCAAUUAUUAUGUCCUUCACGAUCGAAAGAAUUGGAAAAUAAUUUGAAUAAAUUAUGUGAUUUAUGGAAAUCAAUUCAUUAUCCACCCGAAACGGCUAGUAUAAUGUUAUUGGUAAAAAUUUUGGCCCGAAUUAAACAAGAUCCAACAUUUAUUGAAAAAUUACAACAAUUUUCAAGUAAUAUUAUUGUUGAACAAACGGAUAAACUUGUUCAUAUUCUAUGUGGAGAUAAAUUUCAUGAACAAAUUGAAAUUCUUCGACAAAUUGUUUCGGAAAUAUUUUCACCAAAUGAUGAAAUAUUACGACCAUUUCUCACUGAAAAUGGUUUCAAAUCAUUAUUGGCAAUAAUUGGAAAAAAUGGUCAAGGAAUUGGUACCAGUGCAUUUAGUCAAUAUGCAAAAAAUUGUGAACAAUUUUUUGCCAAUAACCCAGAAGAAUUGGAUAAAAUUAAUCAAUUAACUGAUAAUUUAUUUGACAAAAUGGAUGAAAUUUCUGGUUGUUUUUUAAACAAUGAAGGAUCUGGUCUUUAUGAAUUACAAAGUUGUAUUAAUCAUAGUUGUCAACCAAAUAGUGAAGUAUGUUUUUUAAAAAAUAAUUUUAUUCUUUCAUUGAAAGCAAUAGAAACAAUUAAUCAAGGUGAAGAAAUUACUAUUUGUUAUUUGGAUGAAUGUUGGCAAAAUCGUAGCCGUCAUAGUCGAAAUAAAUAUUUACGAAAAAAUUAUCUAUUCAUUUGUCAAUGUCGAAAAUGUCAACAACAGAUUAAUGAUCCGGAUGUUACCAGUGAUGAUGAAGAAGAUUCAGAUUUACAAUCAAAUCCUGAUGACGCAAUGAUGAUGUAAUGAAUUGUGAUUGAAA